UGUAAGAUUAAUUAUUUUACGGCUUCAGAUCAUUUAAAAAAAACCAUUUAUGAUUGUUUAAGCAAUAAAAAAUUCCAUUAUAAAAGAUUAUCAAAAAAAGUUAUUCACAGAAUAACAUUAUGGAAAAAUUUUCGGCUGUUUAGCUGCAAUGAACAUAGCAUAUCAAUAAAAAUUGUUAAGUUACAGUUAUCAUUGUAUUCAAAGAAAAACAUGAAGCCUGAAGUCCAUCACAUAAAUCUCCAAAACCAAAUGACAUACUCCAGUUAUUAGAAAAAUUGACAGAUUCAAUCCAACAGGAGUAUUCAACAAGUAGCAAUAUGAGAGUUCAAUAGCAGAGUAUAUAGUUCGUAAAGGCAGGUUGCCAAAUUACCAAACUGUCUUCCAAUGUUGAGGAGUAAAUGGAUGGCUCCAUUGGAGGUUGUUUCCAGGUUAUCUUCCCAGAUCCUUGGGUCGAGAUAGGAGAUGCUUGGAAUGAAAAUAGUGAGGAUUUAUAUACUUUGAGGUUUGCCUCUGAUAUCCAAUCAUCACUUUACAGUUACUGAACAGUGUAGUUCAUAUUUAUGUUUAGUAACAGGAUAUUACAAGGUUGAACAUUUAGGAAGGUUAAUUGAAUUAUAACUUGACUAAACUUACCUUAACUGGUAAUUAAAGAUGACUAAUCAGACCUGUGUUUGGCCAAUGUUGUAUCAUUUUCUUGUGUAGGUUUAUAUAAGUUGCAUAAAGUAAUAUAGUUCAAGCAUAAAAUAUAACCGAGGCUGUACAAUUCUAUACCCUAAUAAAGUAUAUUUUUUGCAAAAUUGAUAAACAGAUGAAAUAAAUUGAUGUUUGUUUGAUUAGUCUGGUUCUGAUUCUGAUUCAUUUUAUUAAUAUAUUAAAAACAUUUUAUGUUUUUAUUCCAUCAAAAUGAUCAAUAUUUGAUUGAUGGUGUCCAGUAUGAAAAUAAAUCUUUUGUGUGAUUUUAUAUUUACUAAUACUAGAACUUUUAUUGCUAUCAUCUGAAGUAUCUGUAUUAAGUGAACAAAACAGAGGUUGUCACCUGUGUUUUGUGUUGACAUGCUGCAGUAAGAAUGUAAGUGAAAGAGAAAGAAAGAGUGUGUGUCAUGUGUUGAGGGUAGGCAACUCAGGUUCACAUCAUUGUCUGUCAGUUUCAGUUGAUAUCACAUCACAGGUGAGGUCAAGUUAAUUAUUUUGUAAAUAUGACAUCACAAACAGGCUAGAAGAAUCAAAACCUAAUUGGAAGACAUCGACAGACACAAACAUUUAUUUUAUAUCUUUGUUAAAUUUUUCUCAGAAAACAUAGUGGCAAUUUUGACUCUAACAGUCAACUAUUUGAGAGAUGUGAAAAAGUGAAGUUUGUUAAUUCAGCUCAUUGACACAAAUGAUAAUGGACAAGAAAUUUGCCAAAAUUACAGCGACUUCAGGUCAAUAUAAACAGUUUGACCUUUACCUUGUCCAAGUGUCAUGGCCGCCAAGUAGUAUUGUAAUUUUUUUUAAUUGAAACUCUUGGAUGGGUAUCAGUCAUCUGAUCAGAAUACACUACUCUAUUUAUGCAGUAUAAAUAGAUUAAUAACAAUCAGAAGACAAAGUAAAAUCCUCUUUAGAUGAAAGACAGUCUCGUAUUACCGGAAAGAGCAGAAUUUGAUAAUUUAUGCCACCUGAAACGAUGAUGUGACCGAUUUAGGCAACGAUCCUCCAGUUAUAUAUGUCUAAUUGUUUUUUUUCCAUUUGUCAUAGUAGCAAGAAUCUCAUCAGAAAUUCAAAUAUUAAAACACUCUUCGCGACUUGUUUUAGUAGUACCUGUGAAUCUGUAUUUAGUUGUGUCCAAAAUAUUAAAAUGGCGGAAGCAGAAAUCAACAACGUGUGUCCUUCUAAUCAGCAAGAAUGGAGAGAGUGGUUAGAAAGUAAUCAUAAGACAAAAGAUGCAAUAUGGCUUGUUUUCUAUAAGAAAAAAUCUUCAAUGCCAAAUCUAACGUGGAGUGAGGCUGUUGACGAAGCUCUUUGCUUUGGUUGGAUUGACAGUGUGAAAAAAUCCAUCGAUUCGGAGAAAUAUAAACAAUAUUUUAGCAAACGAAAAUCAAAGAGCACAUGGUCAAGAAUCAACAAAGAAAAAGUUGAAAAAUUGACCAAAGAUGGUCUAAUGUCAGAGGCUGGCUUAAAGAUUGUACGGAUAGCUAUGGAGAAUGGAUCAUGGACAACCUUGGACGAAGUAGAAAAUCUUAAUAUUCCAGAUGAUUUGGAGAAAGAGUUUAAUAAAAGACCAGGAUCAAAGGAUUAUUUUGUUAGUUUGAGCAGAUCAGUUAGAAAAGGUAUGCUAUACUGGAUUGUUGUUGCAAAACGACCAGAAACCCGAUACAAACGUGUUAGUGAAAUAGCAGAAAAUGCUGGUCAAAAACAGAAACCAAAGCAAUUCAGAUAAGAUGAUAACAUACCUACAAGAUUUUUUAUUCCAGUCCUGAAAUAUUAGAUUUUUGAAUACUUAACAAAACAUUCCAUUGGAUACAAGUGAUCCAUCUAAUGAUAGAAAUCAGAAAAUAGUAUUCAAUGGCUGGGAAUGCUUCAAAGGUUGCCUACAGGCGAAAUAAAGGAGAAUAUUGAAGACAAUGUUCCAUGGAGACGAUGUUCAUGUAAAGCAGAGGGAAAAGAUGCUGGAUGAGGACCAGAAACAUAAGAAGUGUGUGCAGGGAACGUUUAUUUAAAUUCUUCCACAACAGGUCACGUAAUAGGAAUGAGUAGUGUACAUGUCCGUAAGAGAGGUCUAUCAGACACUGUUAACAAUUCACGCGAAAAUUUCUGUGAUUAAUUAGAUUAAUAUGUAAAUCCAUAACGAGGAUUUUGGGACAUGAGAUAAGAAUUGUUUACAACAAACGCGAUCAAUGGUUGGCUGAGCAACACCAAGUUCUAGCUGUCUCGUGAUUUUUUAAGAGGACAUAUCUCUGGCUACGCUUUUAUUCUAUUAUAAAAGUUUCAAUUGUAGCUUAUUGCAAUGUCUGUAAUACUGAUUCACUUUUCUCAAACUCCAUUAUUCUCUAACCCAGAAGCAACUCUUUAUCUAUGCAUAUCUUUCAGCAUAAUUAUAACAUAUGUGCAGAUUAUAUAUCAUGUCCGGAAAUCACUUUCAUUGCUCAUCUCCAACAUUCAUUCUAUUUUGAAUCACUUACGUGUCUCACUCAGACCAUUCUUACAUUUGUAAUUGAGUGUUGAUUAUUUAGGUGAUGAAUCAAUAAAUCCUUCUUUAGAAAUUUUAACAGUUGGAACACUGAAAAAAUGGAGUACAUAUCUUCUAAUCGUGUGAGAGAGAAAGGUUGAAAAAUAUGUUGUAAUAUUUUGGCAAAUAUAUUCAUCCUUUUCAAAGAAUUUUUUCUUGCUGAUUCUCUAAAAACAGUGCAUAUUUUGAUCAAGUGUCAAUUUCUGACAUAAUAGAACAUAUAAUAGAAUUAUAUAAUAAUUGUUUAUUGAAUAUAGCAGAAAAUGGUCAAAAACCUAUGUGUAUAUAGGGAGUGAAGCUGUACCCAGAUAAAACCAUACCAGAGUUAAACAGUACUCAUAAUGAGGUUAAAAUGUACCCUGUUGUUAACUACAACAGACAAAGUUAUAAACCAAGAAAAUAAGAACUAUAAUUUAAAAGUCACUAAUUAUAAAAAUCAAAAUAGAAUUUAGAGAGAAAAUGUACCUCCACUACAUACAGAAUCUCUUUCUUAAAUUAUGCUAUCAAUACCAUAAACUGUGCCGACAGGUUCAAUAUUA